GGGACCGCGGCGCUUCCGGCGAACGGCGGGACUGCGGGUGUCCCCACUCCUGGUGCUUCUGCAAGGCACAGCAAGGAGAGCCCCAGGCCUGGGUCUCCAGACACCAUGGACAGGGCUACGCUGAUGGACACACACACAGCGGCCCUGGCACAGGCGGCAGGCGGCAGCCAGGCUUCUGGCUGUGCCGCUUCGGUGGCAGAGCGAGGGGCUCAGAGCACGGAGCCAACGCCAGAGCAGGGGGCUUUGGAAGAAGAAGGGGCCCGCGGAGGAGAGAGAGCGCUGGGCCCGUUUCAGGGGCCUCCCUGGGCACGGGGGCCUCCGGACGGCGGCGCGAGUGAGGAGGCUGGAGACAGGCCCGCAGGUUCCCCCGGGGUCCCAGUAGUUUCCGAGAGACCUGGAGGGCAGAAUGGCCUAGAGAGCAGCGGGUCCCGGUCCGAUGCCACGCUGCACGCUCGCUCUGCCGCGGGCGGGAGAGGGCCCCGCAAAGGGCGGCCUUAUCAGUGUGGCACCUGCGACCGGAGCUUCAGAUGCUACUCGGACGUGGCGAAGCAUCGGGGCAUUCACUCCGGGGCGAAGCCGUACGCGUGCGGCGACUGCGGGAAGGCCUUCCUCCACAGCUCGCACGCGCUCCGGCACCAGCGCGCCCACCACGGGGCGAAGCCGUACGCGUGCGGGGAGUGCGGGAGGGCCUUCAGCCAGAGCUCCAACCUCGUCAGGCACCGGCGAAUGCACACGGGCGAGAAGCCGUACGGAUGUGCUGAGUGCGGCAAGGCCUUCGGGCAGCGGUCGGAUGCCGCCAAGCACCGGAGGACGCACACGGGCGAGAGGCCGUACGCGUGCGGCGAGUGCGGAAGGGCCUUCCUCCACAGCUCCAAUGCGGCCCGGCACCAGCGCGCCCACCACGGCCAGAAGCCGUACGCGUGCGGCGAGUGCGGCCAGGCCUUCAGCCAGAGCUCCAACCUCCUCCAGCACCGGCGAGUGCACACGGGCGAGAAGCCCUUCGCCUGCCCCGAGUGCGGCCGCGCCUUCAGCCGCAGCUCCUUCCUCAGCGAGCACCGGCGCAUCCACAGCGGCGAGAAGCCGUACGCGUGCGGCGAGUGCGGCCGAGCCUUCAGGGCCCUGUCGGGCUUCUUCCGGCACCGGCGGGUCCACACCGGGGAGAAGCCUUUCCGCUGCACCGAGUGUGGCCGCACCUUCCGCCUGAGCUCGCACCUGAUCCAGCACCAGCGCAUCCACGGCACAGACUGAGCCCCCCGCGGGUGAACGGGCCAGGACGCGGUGGGCACAGCACCCAUGAAACUCCGGCCGCGCCUGGAGGGCUGUGUACUUCGUCCCACCAGCAUGAGGAGGAUGAGGGAGCAGCCUGGUGCUUUAAGUUCUUGCCAUGGGGAAGCCCCCAGUGCCUCCACGGCCCCCCUGCCCAGCAGUCGGAAGAGAAGGAGGAGUCUGAGGGAAGGCUGCUUUAUAGUGGGGAAUGCGGGCUUCCCCAAAGGAGGGAGAGCUGAGGAGGACGUGUAUCCACUGAAACUGAUUUCAUAUUCCUAACGCUUUGCUGAUGGAUAAUUCACGUAUAGUGAAGGGCAUGACCUUAAGGGCUGGGUUCUAUGAGAUUUGACAAAUAUAACCUGUUUUGACCUUUAGAACCACCAUGCUAUCAAGAUAACAGACUAUCUCCAUCGCCCCCUUAGCCUCAGAGGCAACCAGUGAUCUCGUUUCUGUCACUAUAGUUUUGCUUGUUCUAGAACUUUAUGUAAAUAGAAUGAUUUAACAUAUACUUUUUAUGUCUGACU